AUGGAAGUCUCAGGACUUAUCUGGGAUGACCUCAAGCAACAUAUUUCUCCACCAGAAAUCGAUAUGUAUGCUAAGCGAAUUGGUAUUGCUCGAAUAAAUCGAAAUGAAGAGAUAUAUAACGAAUUAUCAACAUUACGAAAGCUAUAUAAUACAAUGCAAAACAAACUAACAGAAGAAAUUGCUAAAAAGACACCAAGUAUAUUAGUUUCCGCACAAAGAACUACGGCAAUUCAAAAAUGUAUCCACUUUUUAGAUUCAUUAAAGGAAGCAGGACAUUUUAUUGAGACAGAUAAUCCAGUAGAUAAGGAGAUUGUUAAGUAUCUUAAGGUAACUAGGUCAGAUAGGCCAAAUAGUAGUUCUCCUAUUUCUACUUCUCGUCCAACAUCUUCACUUAGGGCUUCAAGAAGUGUAACAGAUGUGAGCAAUAGCAUUGAUGAUGUAAGAGCACUUCUUGAUGAAGAAUUUGAUGAGAUGCAAACACAAGUCCAAGAAAUUAGAUGCUCAAUGUUCAAUGUUUGCGAUGAAUAUAAUGAAGCAAAAGAAGUCGAACCACCAACUACCGAAUCCAUUGAAAAAUUUAAUAAAAGGUUACAACAGCAAGACUUCACUGUGCGCAGCAUGACAAAACAGAAAUCAGCUGGCGUAAAUAGACUUCGUGAUUCAAUCCAAAUGAAUAGAUUAUGGGAAUAA